AUGACAGAGCUUGUUCAAAUAAGCCUUAAACAUGAAAAACCUCCUCCCUCACCUCUGGAACUCUCUCCUCCCUCACCUCUGGAACUCUCUCCUCCCUCACCUCUGGAACUCUCUCCUCCCUCACCUCUGGAACUCUCUCCUCCCUCACCUCUGGAACUCUCUCCUCCCUCACCUCUGGAACUCUCUCCUCCCUCACCUCUGGAACUCUCUCCCCGCUCACCUCUGGAACUCUCUCCUCCCUCACCUCUGGAACUCUCUCCCCCUCACCUCUGGAAUUCUCUCCUCCCUCACCUCUGGAACUCUCUCCCCCGCUCACCUCUGGAACUCUCUCCUCCCUCACCUCUGGAACUCUCUCCUCCCUCACCUCUGGAACUCUCUCCUCCCUCACCUCUGGAACUCUCUCCUCCCUCACCUCUGGAACUCUCUCCUCCCUCACCUCUGGAACUCUCUCCUCCCUCACCUCUGGAACUCUCUCCUCCCUCACCUCUGGAACUCUCUCCUCCCUCACCUCUGGAACUCUCUCCUCCCUCACCUCUGGAACUCUCUCUUCCCUCACCUCUGGAACUCUCUCCUCCCUCACCUCUGGAACUCUCUCCUCCCUCACCUCUGGAACUCUCUCCUCCCUCACCUCUGGAACUCUCUCCUCCCUCACCUCUGGAACUCUCUCCUCCCUCACCUCUGGAACUCUCUCCUCCCUCACCUCUGGAACUCUCUCCUUCCUCACCUCUGGAACUCUCUCCUUCCUCACCUCUGGAACUCUCUCUCCACUCUCUCUCUCCCCACUCUGGAACUCUCUCCUCCCUCACCUCUGGAACUCUCUCCUCCCUCACCUCUGGAACUCUCUCCUCCCUCACCUCUGGAACUCUCUCCCCGCUCACCUCUGGAACUCUCUCCUCCCUCACCUCUGGAACUCUCUCCUCCCUCACCUCUGGAACUCUCUCCUCCCUCACCUCUGGAACUCUCUCCCCCUCACCUCUGGAACUCUCUCCUCCCUCACCUCUGGAACUCUCUCCCCCCUCACCUCUGGAACUCUCUCCCCCCUCACCCUCACCUCUGGAACUCUCUCCUCCCUCACCUCUGGAACUCUCUCCUCCCUCACCUCUGGAACUCUCUCCUCCCUCACCUCUGGAACUCUCUCCCCCCUCACCUCUGGAACUCUCUCCCCCCUCAUCUCUGGAACUCUCUCCUCCCUCACCUCUGGAACUCUCUCCUCCCUCACCUCUGGAACUCUCUCCUCCCUCACCUCUGGAACUCUCUCCCCCUCACCUCUGGAACUCUCUCCCCCCUCACCUCUGGAACUCUCUCCUCCCUCACCUCUGGAACUCUCUCCUCCCUCACCUCUGGAACUCUCUCCUCCCUCACCUCUGGAACUCUCUCCCCCCUCACCUCUGGAACUCUCUCACUCCUCUCCCCUCACCUCUGGAACUCUCUCCUCCCUCACCUCUGGAACUCUCUCCUCCCUCACCUCUGGAACUCUCUCCUCCCUCACCUCUGGAACUCUCUCCUCCCUCACCCUCUGGAACUCUCUCCUCCCUCACCUCUGGAACUCUCUCCUCCCUCACCUCUGGAACUCUCUCCUCCCUCACCUCUGGAACUCUCUCCUCCCUCACCUCUGGAACUCUCUCCUCCCUCACCUCUGGAACUCUCUCCCCCCUCACCUCUGGAACUCUCUCCUCCCUCACCUCUGGAACUCUCUCCUCCCUCACCUCUGGAACUCUCUCCUCCCUCACCUCUGGAACUCUCUCCUCCCUCACCUCUGGAACUCUCUCCUCCCUCACCUCUGGAACUCUCUCCUCCCUCACCUCUGGAACUCUCUCCUCCCUCACCUCUGGAACUCUCUCCCCCUCACCUCUGGAACUCUCUCCCCCUCACCUCUGGAACUCUCUCCUCCCUCACCUCUGGAACUCUCUCCUCCCUCACCUCUGGAACUCUCUCCCCCCUCACCUCUGGAACUCUCUCCUCCCUCACCUCUGGAACUCUCUCCCCCCUCACCUCUGGAACUCUCUCCUCCCUCACCUCUGGAACUCUCUCCUCCCUCACCUCUGGAACUCUCUCCUCCCUCACCUCUGGAACUCUCUCCUCCCUCACCUCUGGAACUCUCUCCUCCCUCACCUCUGGAACUCUCUCCUCCCCUCACCUCUGGAACUCUCUCCUCCCUCACCUCUGGAACUCUCUCCUCCCUCACCUCUGGAACUCUCUCCUCCCUCACCUCUGGAACUCUCUCCUCCCUCACCUCUGGAACUCUCUCCUCCCUCACCUCUGGAACUCUCUCCUCCCUCACCUCUGGAACUCUCUCCUCCCUCACCUCUGGAACUCUCUCCUCCCUCACCUCUGGAACUCUCUCCUCCCUCACCUCUGGAACUCUCUCCUCCCUCACCUCUGGAACUCUCUCCCCCCUCACCUCUGGAACUCUCUCCUCCCUCACCUCUGGAACUCUCUCCUCCCUCACCUCUGGAACUCUCUCCUCCCUCACCUCUGGAACUCUCUCCCCGCUCACCUCUGGAACUCUCUCCCCCCUCACCUCUGGAACUCUCUCCCCCCUCACCUCUGGAACUCUCUCCUCCCUCACCUCUGGAACUCUCUCCCCCCUCACCUCUGGAACUCUCUCCUCCCUCACCUCUGGAACUCUCUCCUCCCUCACCUCUGGAACUCUCUCCUCCCUCACCUCUGGAACUCUCUCCUCCCUCACCUCUGGAACUCUCUCCUCCCUCACCUCUGGAACUCUCUCCUCCCUCACCUCUGGAACUCUCUCCUCCCUCACCUCUGGAACUCUCUCCUCCCUCACCUCUGGAACUCUCUCCUCCCUCACCUCUGGAACUCUCUCCUCCCUCACCUCUGGAACUCUCUCCUCUGACUCCCCACCUCUGGAACUCUCUCCCCCUCACCUCUGGAACUCUCUCCUCCCUCACCUCUGGAACUCUCUCCUCCCCCCUCACCUCUGGAACUCUCUCCCCCCUCACCUCUGGAACUCUCUCCUCCCUCACCUCUGGAACUCUCUCCUCCCUCACCUCUGGAACUCUCUCCUCCCUCACCUCUGGAACUCUCUCCUCCCUCACCUCUGGAACUCUCUCCUCCCUCACCUCUGGAACUCUUUCCUCCCUCACCUCUGGAACUCUCUCCUCCCUCACCUCUGGAACUCUCUCCUCCCUCACCUCUGGAACUCUCUCCUCCCUCACCUCUGGAACUCUCUCCUCCCUCACCUCUGGAACUCUCUCCUCCCUCACCUCUGGAACUCUCUCCUCUCUCACCUCUGGAACUCUCUCCCCCCUCACCUCUGGAACCCUCUCCUCCCUCACCUCUGGAACUCUCUCCCCGCUCAUCUCUGGAACUCUCUCCCCCCUUUUAGAUUUUUAG